AUGGUAGCAUAUGACACAGGCAACUGUAGGAGUCAGUCAGCUGAUUAUUGUGAAUCUCGUAUACAGAAUAGUGUCUGCCAUUGGAUGAAAGAUGAAUGUUUUUGUCGUAUGGGUUAUGUGGCAAUAAGAGAAAAUGAUGAGAUUGUCUGUCGAACACUUCUAACUGAUCUCUCCUGUCGUGUGGAUUCAGACUGUGUACAUGUAGAUUUCAGUGUUUGUCAUCCUGGAGCCGGAAAAUGUAUAUGUCCUGGAAAUACUAUUUAUGUUGCAUAUCUACAUGCCUGUAGAAACAAGUUAUUCCAUCAAAAUUAUGAUGCUUGCAAUAUCUGUGGCUCAAAUUACGUAUGUCAUGAGGUAUUUGAAAAGGAUUUACAGCGCAUGGAUGACGUGAACGCCAUCACAAUAAAAUUAGGUAUCAUUGCAGACAAUACAAACAGUCCUGCGUACAUAGGGUGUUCGUGUACAUUAGAACAUCUGAAACAAUCAGCAAAUAUAUCAUUUGAUUCUAAGUUGACGAGAGUGGAUCGUUUAUGCUCUAUUAAUUUGCCUGAUAUUGGUGAAGUCUGCGGUCAUUCAGGCCUGGUGUGCAGAUCACGUAAUGCUCAAUGUAGUAAUUCAUCUCAUAAAAGAAUUUGUACAUGUCCAGCCAACACAAUUCCAGUAUAUCAGAACUUUUUAGACUACUUCGAGUGUUUUCCUAUAAUGAAAAAUCAAAAACAGGUGAAUCAGAGUGCUACGAAUCUUGUAGCUGAUGAAUGUGAACCAUGCCAAAAGAUUAACGGAACAUGUUAUGAUCAGAAUAAUGAUGGGAUAGCUGAUGGAUGCCAGUGUCCACCAAACAGAUCAUUCGGACAUGUCGGUGACCGAAGAGAAAAUGCACGCAAUAAAGACAGAUCAAUGAAUUUAUUCAAAUAUAAUGACAAUCUACACUUCCCAUGCGAGGUAGAACACAUUAAAACAGAUUGCAAUGAAGGCCAACUUACAAUUUGUUAUUUUAUGCAUACUUUGGGAAGAUUCAAAGCACUGCCCUACCAAAUUCGAUUAAAUAUGACUUACGUCUCACUAGUACAACUGACUUAUGCAGAAACAAUAAGUAAUACAGAGUCUUGCCUGCUAACGUCAUCAACAAGGGACACACUGAAUACACUGAAUGAUAAUAUAAGUUUUUCGUUUAAAAGCAAUUGGCUUUGCACCACUAUGCCCAAUGAUCAAUCGUUCAGGAGGAGAUGUGGCGUUGACGUGCACAAUGAAUCAGUAUGUAGUAAUCUUAAUGAUAUACAAAAUAUCCAUUAUUCUGGUAAUGUGUAUAUCCGUCAAGUGAAUAAAAACUAUGAGAAUGAUAAGACAUUACUUGAAAUACCAUGGAGAUGUACAACUAAAACAAUGUGCAAAUCACAAAAAAAACUAACCAAAGAAGUGGCAUCGCAAUCAAAUGAAUACAAUUUGGAACAGUUAUCCGUCUUGAACAGCAAUAAUGAAUUGGUUACAGAAAUGAAUGAAGGCGAACUGGUGCAUUUACAGCUUGUGUCUAAUUAUAAAAUAGUUGUCAUAAGCACAGAGAUGUGUGUUUCUGCCAGCUUGAAGUAUCCUGAAAACCUUAUUCGGAAGGUGUCAAUCUCUUCAUUUCUACAUCGCGCGUUUUAUCACUUCAAAUGUCAUGCAACAGAUGAACAAAUGCUUGCUUCAUAUAAUAACCAAACGAUAGUUGUCAGUGAUCUUAUUACUGACAACGAGAACAGAACUAGUUCGCAUAACCAGAGAAAUGAAGAGUUCUUCGUUCAUCAGAUUAUUGCACAACAAAAUGUUGUGUAUUACAUUUGUCUAAUCCCUUCAUUAAACGAUUCAGUGAAUGGUUAUUUUGAAAACGCGCUACGGAAUUGGUGUCAGUCGUCCAGUGAGCAAAGAUUAUUACGCACUAAUGAUCUGUUUAUAGCUCAACUUACCAUUAAAAAUCCCAUUUCAUCUCAUCAGGCUAAGUGCACUCUACUAUCAUGUCUUACUAUGAAUCAACUAACUUAUAUUUGCUGUUCACUGCUUUUAAUGAACUUUAUUGUAUGCGUUAUAUUAAUUUUGAUGUUUAAGCACAAACAACAGUUAACUAAUCGGCAGCAAUAUAAGUCUAAUCAGAAGAAAAAUCUACCUUCACAAAAGUUAUUAAAUGAUUCAUCAACUUGCCCAAUGUGUACCGCCUCAACACCACAAGAAAUUAGUCCGAUGCAACAACAAUCAGUCUAUUACAAUGAACUCGGAACUUAUUUCAAAUAUGAAGAUCAGGACGACUUUGAUCACACAGUUAAUAUUACGUAUCCUGCGUGCACAACUUCUGAUUUAUCACAUUAUCAAAGUAAAAGGUGUAUGUGUACAACAGCAAUGGAGAGUUCAACAAAACAUCCAUCAAAUAGAGAAAAUCUUGUAUUUCUUACUUUACCUCAUGAACACUCAGUGAAAAUUAUGCAGAAAUGCAGACAAAAUCAAAUAUCGGAGAUAAAUGCAGACAGAUUUGAAUUCGAUAAUUUCGAUAUCUAAAAUAAACUACUUAGAAAGAAGCAUAUCAUGAGGCUACAAACACAACUGAACUCGUCUACACACCACAGACUGAGUAGUGGCUUAAGCAAUAUAUAAUCAAGUCGUAUUUAUUGCAGAAAUUUAGGAAUAACAUUAAGAUCUUACUUAUCAAUUCUCAAAUGACAAAAUUAUUGCUUUAUUCUUUGAUUAUUGUAAAUAUAUUGUCAUUUAAAAGUUGAAAAGUCAUCAUAACUAAAAA